AGUUGUUUACAAAAUAUCGCAUUGCACUUUGCAAUUUGCUUGCACUUGCGUACAAAAUAUGAAUACGUAGUUUUUAUGAGUUAAAAUGUAAAUGAAUAAAUAUAUUAAUAGAUAAUGCCGAAACCAACGUGUAUUCAGUGCAGCACGGAUGAUUCCUUGCUAUGGCGGAGCGCAGAAAACGGUCAAAUAUGUAAUGAUUGCCAUUUAGCCAAUACUGACAAUAAAGAUUCAGAGGUUGACCAAAUUUCUAUCAAAGUUGAAGUAGAAGACAAAAAAGAGGAAAAAGAAGAAGCAGAUAGUAAAAAUGGUAAAAACGAAGAAGAUACUACACCAGCAAAAGCUACUGGGAAAGGGACACGUAAAAGUACUCGUUCAACGCGUUACAAAGCUAAGACGCCAGGUCCCGUGCCACAAAAGUCUUCAUCGCUAAGAGGUAGAGGUCGACGAAGUAUAUUUAAACGACAACCAUUAAAAGCACCCACUGCUACAGCUACUGUUGUUACUAGUGAGUCAUUAUUUUAUAAGGGUUUCUAUAUGCAAGUGGGUGACAUUGUAUCUUUAAUUGAUAUCAAUGGUGGCACAUAUUAUGCUCAAAUCAGAGGCUUCUUAACUGAUCAAUAUUGUGAAAAAAGUGCUGUUAUUACUUGGUUACUGCCAACCAAAGCAAGCCCACCUCCAGAAAAGGGUUUCGAUCCAGCCACAUAUAUCAUAGGACCGGAAGAAGAAUUGCCGCGAAAAUUAGAUUAUAUGGAGUUUGUUAUGCAUGCACCAUCAGAUUACUACAAAGCUAGCAAUAGCCCUUAUCCAUUGACUGACAAUGAAGUUAACCAUUAUACAGGAUAUGUUUGGACCUCAAUGGAUCCUGUUAUAGCUGGGACAAGAGAAAAAUUAUAAUAUCUUGGUUAUCGUUAGGAUAUUAAUGUAUUAAGUAAGGUUUGAUAAUAUAUAUGAAAACUAUAA